AUGGAGCUGCGUAAAUACCUGAUGUGCCUGGAGUUCAUCCUCUUCCUUAAAGAGUUUUGUCAGUGUUUCAACAUAGAUGUAAAGAAUCCGCGCAUCUUCACCGGCCCAGAGGACGCAAUGUUCGGCUUCUCUGUUUUACAGCACGAGUCGAAUGGAGAGAAAUCAAUGCUGGUUGGCGCUCCCUGGGACGGGACGCCCGACAACAGGAAAGGAGACGUGUAUAAAUGCAUCGUGGGGGACGAGAGGAAUUCAAACUGCAGCAAAGUGAAUCUUGGUGAGAUCGCUCUCGCAAACGUCUCUAAAAACCUGAGGAACUCUCACCUGGGAAUGACCCUCACUCCGGACUCACCUGACGGCUUCCUGGCAUGUGCACCACUGUGGUCGCAGGAGUGUGGUACGUCUAUGUUCAGCACUGGCAUCUGUGCCUCGGUCAGCGAUGACCUAGAACCAAGAGAGACCAUCGCUCCAACAGCACAAAGGUGCUCCACAUACAUGGACAUCGUGAUCGUGCUGGACGGCUCCAACAGUAUCUAUCCCUGGUACGAGGUCCAGAACUUCCUCAGCAACAUCCUCAGCAAAUUCCACAUCAGCUCAGACCAGAUGCAGGUCGGUGUACUGCAGUAUGGCGAGGUAGCAGUCCACGAGUGGUCUCUGAAGGACUACCAGACCACACAUGAGGUGGUGGAGGCUGCCAAGAACAUCAGCCGCCAGGAGGGACGAGAGACGCGCACGGCAUACGCCAUCCACAUGGCCUGCACAGAAGCGUUCAGCUUGGAACGUGGAUCUAGGGAUGGAGCCACCAAGGUGAUGAUCGUAGUGACGGACGGAGAGUCACAUGACGGAGAGGAGCUACCAGAAGCUCUGGAGGAGUGCGAGAAGAGAAACAUCACAAGAUACGCCAUCGCUGUUUUGGGUCAUUACAUCCGCCGGCAGCAGGACCCUGAGACGUUCAUUAACGAGAUCAAGUACAUCGCCAGCGACCCUGAUGACAAAUUCUUUUUCAACGUGACAGAUGAAGCUGCGCUCAAUGACAUUGUGGACGCACUGGGAGACCGAAUCUUCACGCUGGAAGGGACACUGGGCUACAACGAGAGCUCGUUCCACAUGGAGAUGUCUCAGAUCGGCUUCUCCACACACACACUGGAUGAUGGCAUUUUGUUUGGGAUGGUCGGUGCCUAUGAUUGGGACGGUGGCGUGCUGAAGGAGGGGAUCAACGGACGCAUCGUGCCGCCCAGAGAGGCCUUCGAGAGCGAGUUUCCACUGGAGCAGAAGAAUCAUGCUGCUUAUUUAGGUUACACGGUGUCAUCUGUGAUAGUUGGAGACUGGAGGAGGCUGUAUGUAGCUGGAGCUCCUCGCUUCAAACACAAAGGCAAAGUCAUCCUGUUUGAGCUCAGUGACGACGGCGACGUCAACAUCGUGCAGGCCCUCAAUGGAGAACAGAUUGGGUCAUACUAUGGCAGUGAGGUGUGUGGGAUGGAUAUCGACCAGGACGGCAUCACUGACGUCCUCCUUGUUGCUGCUCCGAUGUACCUGGGCUCAGGAAACAAGGAGGCUGGGAGGGUCUACAUCUACAGCCUCAGUGGGGAGGAGGUGUUUGUAUCUAACGGGACUCUGAACUCAGAGGAGAAGUCCCAGGACGCCAGGUUUGGUUACGCACUGGCGUCCGCCCCGGACCUCAACCACGACGGCUUCACUGACCUGCUGGUGGGCGCCCCGCUGGAGGACGAGCACCGGGGGGCCAUCUAUGUCUACCAUGGAGAUGGCAUUUACAUCAACCACAAUUAUAAACAGCGUAUCGCAGGGUCAUCGCUCUCCUCCUCCAUGCAGUACUUUGGCCGCAGUGUGAGCGCUCGGAUGGACUUGGAUGGAGAUGAGCUAAUAGACUUGGCAGUGGGAGCACUGGGAAGUGCUGUGCUGCUCAGCUCUCGCAGCAUAGUCCAGAUCAACGUGAGUCUGUCCUUCCAGCCGCACUCCAUCAACGUCAUUCAGAAGACCUGCCAGAGGGGGGGCAGAGAGUCAGCCUGUCUGGAUGCGACUGCCUGCUUCACAGCCGUCUCCCGCUCCCCUGGACCACACGGCAACAGCUUUGACCUGUGGGUGUCGGCGAUGUUGGAUGACAGGAAGUUGUCUGCCCGGGCCCUGUUUGACGACAGCUCCCACAGACAGACCCAGCUGGCCGUCCGAGUCCAAACGGGACAAACUCUCUGCUACAACCUGCCCUUCCAUGUUUAUGACACAGCAGAUUACAUCCGUCCAAUCAGCUUCUCGCUGCGGUUUAAGAUCAACGACACGGAGAGUGGUCCGGUGUUGGAUGAGGGCUGGCCAACUACUGUGAAGAAAUUUAUCGCGUUCUUCAAAGACUGCGGUGAGGAUGACGUGUGUACCACAGAUCUGGUGCUGCAGGCUCAAAUGGACAUCUCUGGGACAAGACAGAAGCCUUAUGUGAUUCGCAGCCCUCGUAGGCGGCUGUCGGUGGAGGUUCAGCUCCAGAACAGACUUGAAAACGCCUACAACACCAGCCUGACGCUGCACUACUCACGCAACCUGCACUUCUCCAGCCUCAGCAUUCGGGAGGAUGCCCACUUUAAGAUCGAGUGCACAGCGCUCGGGGCCAACAGCCACUCGUGUAACGUCAGCUAUCCGGUGUUUCGCUCCCAGUCAAAGGUUAACUUCAUGCUGGAGUUUGAGUUCAGUUGCACGUCUCUGCACAGUCGAGUCCAGAUGAAGCUCCAUGCUGCCAGUGACAGUGUGGAGAGGGAGGAAACGCUGGAGGACAAUAGUGUUCAGCUGCAGAGUUUUGUUCAGUAUGAACCGGACCUGUUUGUCAGCAGUGACUCUAAUUUGAACCGAUACGAGGUUCACCCCACGCGGACGGUGUCAGAGGCGAUUGGACCAGAGUUCUAUACACACCUCAAGCUGCAGAACCUCGGCUGCUACUCUGUGAGUAAUCUGGUGUUGAGGCUUCAUCUGCCCUCUGUGGCUGCAGGAGACAGAGUGUUCAUGACUGUCACUGAGGUCUUCUCCUACAACGCUACAGGAGUGAACUGCAGUGUCCUGAGUGAUCUGGCCCAGCUCAAAGACAAACACAGAGAUGUGCGCCCCCUACAUCCAGAAGACAUGAUGCAGAACGACAUACUGAACUGCAGCAGGUCGUGGUGCACCGAGGUUGUGUGUGAAGUGCAGCAGCUCCUGAAAGGGCAGGCCGCACUCAUUCGUGUCAGCCGCAGAGUCCACGAUGACUUCUUCAGAAAAGCCAAAUAUAAGUCAGUGAGGAUAAUGGGGGCCUAUCGCCUGGCAGCUCAGGAGACUAACCUCAUCACUCUGGACACAGGGACAGACUGGAGGGAGACUGUACUGGAGGUGCUGAAGGGCCGAGCUAUUCCAAUCUCACUCUGGAUUCUGAUCGGAAGCAUCAUCGGAGGGUUGCUGCUACUGGCCCUCAUCAUUUUCGUACUGUGGAAGCUUGGGUUCUUCACACGCAAACAGAGAGCAGAGGAUGAGGACCAUGAGGACUGAGCCCAAC